CAUGUUUGCUUCGUUGCUGUGGCUUCCACUGCACGCCCGCACGCCCGGCUCUUCGUCCCCAACCCACCUCUUGUUCCCCAACUCACCUCUCCAGCUCUCCUCCCCUUUAAAAGCUCCUCCCGAGCUUUCACCUCACACCACAACACGACCUUCGCUUCUUCAUAUUAAUCCUUGCUUGCUCCCCUCCUUCUUCCUUAGUGAAGUUAGCCUGAUCGACCGAUCCUAUCCAUAUCUCCAGUGAGCCCAAGCUCGAUCGUUUCUUCAAUCCAAAGACCAAAGGAACUCCCUGGAACAAGAAAGGCCCAGGAGAAACGAAUCGAUACUAAAGAAACCUCCCGAGCGAGCUCCCUAUCCUAUCCACCCAUCGCCAUGGGCAGGCAGUGCUCUGUCCUCGCCCGUGCACACCACCAACAGUGUCGUGGGUCACCCAGAAACUAAGAGAGCAAGGGAGAGAGAAGAAACUCUUGCACCGCCCAACUCUUUCGGGUUGUUUCUUUGGGGUAGCGAGAAUGCGGCAGCUGUCGUCGCUGCUGCAGGGGCUGGCCCGAUCCAUGGCUGGAAAAGAGAGGAAGGAGGAUGAUCCGCAGGGGACGGUGCUGCGGUCGUCGGGGACGCUGCGGGGCGAGGGCUCCGAGACCUUGGCCGCCGUGUGGUCUCGCCGCGGCGAGAAGGGCACCAACCAGGACUGCUCCCUCGUCUGGGAGGGAUUCGGAUGCCAGGAUGACACCAUCUUCUGCGGCAUCUUCGACGGCCACGGCCAGUGGGGCCACUACGUCUCCAAGGCCGUCCGGGACUCGCUGCCGCCGUCGCUGCUGCGCCACUGGCAGGAGGCCGUCGCGCUGGCGUCGCUCAUCGACGGCGAGAAGAAGCUCGGCGACUGCCAGUUCGACCUCUGGAGGCAGUCCUACCUGGCCGCCGCCGCCGCCGUCGAUGAAGAGCUCCGCCGCAGCCGCCGUCUCGACGCGGUCAACAGUGGCUCCACGGCGUUGUCGAUCGUCAAGAAGGGUGACACGAUGGUUAUCGCGAACGUGGGGGACUCACGAGCCGUCCUUGGCACCACGUCGGACGACGGCAGCAUCGCCGCCGUUCAGCUCACCGUCGACUUCAAACCAAACCUGCCUCAGGAGAAGGCGCGCAUCGUGCAGUGCAAGGGCCGCGUGCACUGCCACGACGACGAGCCCGGCGUGCAUCGGGUGUGGCUGCCCGACAGGGAGGCGCCGGGGCUGGCCAUGUCACGCGCGUUCGGCGACUACUGCGUCAAGGACUACGGCGUGAUCUCGGCGCCGGAGGUGACGCAGAGGAGGAUCACCUCCCGGGACCAGUUCGUCAUCUUGGCCACCGACGGGGUUUGGGACGUGGUCUCCAACGAAGAGGCGGUGCAGAUCGUGGCUGACACGCCGGAGAGGGAGAAGGCGGCGAAGCGGCUCGUCCAGUGCGCCGUCCGCGCCUGGAGGCGCAAGCGGCGGGGCUACGCCGUCGAUGAUUGCUCGGCGAUCUGCCUCUUCCUCCACCCGCCGCCAUCGUAGACGGGCGCGCAUUGCCAUGUGGACCAGGAAGAGAGAGAGACCAGAAUGGCGGAUCACUGCAGAUCAGGAGAGCGUGCGGCGGUUCGGCGGGUGAUCGGGACGCCCGGACGGUGGGCGAACGUAACUGCUGCCGGUGGAUGACCGAAAGAUGAGGAGGACAUGCGCCGAUUGUCACCCCUCGACAGCUGCUGCGAUCUGAACGUCCUACAGUGAAUGCCAUGCAUGCCCAUGAUGGAUCGCCCGGGAUGUGGGAAGUGGGAACGGAAGGAUAGGCACGUAUGGGCGUGUAUGGCGUGCAGGUGCAGCACGUUACGGCCGUGUCCACGCACUUGGACUGCGCAUGCACAGGUGGCCGGUCAAAAUGUGAUCGACAUCCGAUCGCGUGCAUGUGGCGCGCACCUGCAUGCACAUGUAUUCUCCAACCACGUACCCCUCUUCCCUGUGCUCAUCACGCAAUAAAAAAAUAUAAAAAAUAAAAAUGCCUUAAUUACAUGACA